UUUAGUACCUAUAUUGCAAAUAAUUAUGUUAAAGGUUAACCUUUAGGCUAUCAAUGGUUAAUAUCUAUCAACAAAUAUAAUCUAAUUAGGUAUUGUUUUUUACUCAUAUAUUGGAGAUUUUCAUUUUAGUCACCUAGGUACCUAACACAGAAAAUGGAAAAUUUGUUAAGUGAUGUAUUGACUAUAAUUUUAUUUUAUUUUAAUUUAAAAUUACAAAACACUCUAGUCUUUUGUUUAUACAAGAAGAUAAAUUUACAAUAGUUUAACUACCUACUAUAAUUGUUAUUUAGUGGGUUGUUGGUUAUUUUAACGAUGAGAACAAGUAUUCAGUUAUUCCACACAACUGGCUCAUUCAAUGUGGUACAAUGUGGAUUUCUAGAUGGCCAAAAAUUGGUAAUGUCAAAAGUAUGAUUGCCGACUAUGCUGACAUAGGAAACGAUUGGCCAACGUACCCUGUUAAAAUUGUUUCACAGUUUUACAACACUUAUGAUGAUGCCGCUAUAAAAGAGAAAGAAAUUUUUAUAUCAGCUUCAGCCUCGGAGUCUGAAUGUGAUGGAGGUUACAGACGUCUUAAGAAACAAAAAAUAUGUAGUAAUAACAAUACUCAAGAUGAGAGUGACAGUACAUGCAGCAGUACUCCAAUGAGUCCAAUAAAAAUAAAAACACCAAUAAAAAAAAAAAAUAAUAAUUCCAUUGUAAACUUUAACGUAGAGUCUACUAAAACGAGUCCGGAAACAUUCUAUCAAUCCAUAUCAAAUGCUAUAAGUGGUUGUUAUGAACCGCAAGAAGAUCAAUGUCAUGAACUAAUGCCACUGCAAGAAUCAGAUAAUGGUGUUUUGUCAUUUGACCAAAUUCCCAGUGAACAAAAUAAUUUGCUUAAUAUUUUGAUUGAAAAAAUUUCAACUACUCUUACUUAUGUAAAACGAAUCGAUGCACAGUUAGACUUGAUAGAAUCAAAAUUAAAUUCUGGGUCUUCAAUGGGAAUCAAUGAAAAUGAUUUUUUCAGUUUCAUACCAAUGAAAACAAUUGAGAGUCUUAAUGAAAUAGAAAGCAAAAUUAAAUCUGAUAAUGAUUUUGAAAAAAAAGUGGCAAGUACUACAUAUAUUUAUUAAUAUAGUUAAUAGUAUUAAUUUUUACUUGAAUUACAACUUGUGUUAUAGGUUAAUUGUG